AGUACUCAAGUCGACGUUCGCCCGUCCAGCAGCAGUAACAGAAAAUACCCUAAAAUGGCCAAGUUUGCAGUGAUCUUCGUUCUCUUUGCCUUGUGCUCCGUGGCCAUGUCCGCUAGCGUGCCUCAGGAGGAGCCCACUCCCUUGCAGAACUUUUUGAACAGCUUAGCGGCUUUGGGUAAAGGAGCAUCUGAAUAUGUCCAAGGCUCAAAAACCCAGAAUCAGUUUAAGGACAUCGAGGAAAAGUCUCAAAUUCUCGCAAAGAAGACUGGCGAAGGAAUCCAGGAAGUAGCUGCAGAUUUGCAAACCAAAAUCCAGAAUUUCAUUCAGGAAAACGAAGGUCUUAAAAAAAUUGCUGAGGAUUUCCAAAAAUCUGUUGAUGAUUUCACCAAGCCCAAGAAGAACUAAGGUUAUUUAAGACGAUGACUUAAUCGUUAUCUAAUGUACCGAAUAAAUGCUGAAAAUUUAAUUUCAAUUUAGUAUACUCAA